GUGGGUAUCUCACUGGAAUCUCUCUAGUCGCUGACACAGCUUUGGACUUUGCUGCUUGAUAACAUGUUCUCAGCUCCCUUCAUUGUGUCUUGAGAAUAACAAUAUAACCUAUUAAGACUCUUCUUCGCUCUGAACAGCCACAUUCCCAGAGUCAGGAGUGCCACCGGGAGCCAAGCCAGAGAACAAACUACAGUAGACAUGGAAAUGAAGAUUAAGGAAAAUAAAGAUGGGGUUAUGAAUGGAGCAUUUUCAACAACGGAAGAAGGUGAGAAUGUGGAGCGCAACUACGAAGUAGUAGUCGAUGAACCACAAAGUAAAAGUAAAUUGAGCUUCCAAAGCAAAAUGUCAAAUCAAUAUGACGAAGUUGCAAGUUUUUGCAAACAACAAUCACCGCUUCUGAAGCUCAUUGCUAUUGGAAUCCUCUGUGUAGGCUAUGCUGCCUACUUCAUUGCAGCCUGUGUACUGAACUUUCAACGUGCCCUGGCACUGGUGGUUAUCACAUGUGUGGUGCUUUUCUUCAUUGUCUAUGACCUGAUCAUGAAACUCUUUGGGAAGAAAAUUAAAAAAAUGCUAAGUCCUGUUGGAAUGUUCUUGAAGAGGAAUAAAAAAUGGAUAACCUGGGUGUUAUCUGCAUUGGUUCUAAUUGGACUUAUCAUUUGGUUAGUCUUGGAUACAUCCAAAAGGCCGGAACAGCUUAUAUCAUUUGGAGGUGUCUGCAUGUUUGUUAUUUUCCUAUUUCUCAUUUCCAAACAUCACCGUGCAGUGUCUUGGCGUGCAGUAUUUUGGGGCCUUGGACUUGAGUUUGUUUUGGGUCUCUUCAUUAUCCGUACUGAACCUGGUUAUCAAGCCUUCAAUUUCCUUGGUGAACAAAUUCAGAUCUUCCUGAACUACACCAUCGCUGGUUCAAAGUUUGUAUUUGGAGAAACCCUUAUUAAGGACGUGUUUGCCUUUCAGGCUCUUCCUAUUGUGGUGUUUUUCAGUUGUGUGAUGUCUGUACUCUACUACAUAGGCAUCAUGCAAUAUGUCAUCGUUAAGAUUUCCUGGCUCAUGCAGGUUACAAUGGGCACCACUGCUACAGAAACACUGAGCGUGGCUGGGAACAUUUUUGUUGGGCAGACAGAAGCUCCUCUCUUAAUCCGUCCCUAUCUGCCAGACAUGACUAAAUCAGAAAUUCAUGCCGUAAUGACUGGUGGCUUUGCAACCAUUGCUGGAAGUGUUAUGGGUGCUUAUAUUUCCUUUGGGAUUGAUCCAGCCUCGCUGAUUGCUGCGUCUGUCAUGGCAGCACCCUGUGCCCUUGCCCUGUCCAAGUUGGUCUAUCCUGAGACUGAGGAAUCAAAGUUCAAGAGUCAAGAAGGUGUCAAAAUAGAAAAGGGAGAAGAGAGGAACGUGCUGGAGGCUGCCAGCAAUGGGGCCUCGGCAUCGGUGGGACUUGUUGCCAACAUUGCAGCUAAUCUUAUUGCCUUCAUAGCUCUGCUUGAAUUUAUCAAUGCUGCCUUCUCCUGGUUAGGAGGCAUGGUGAACUACCCCAAGCUCACUCUUCAGUUAAUUCUCUCUUACAUAUUCAUGCCGGUGGCUUUCAUGAUGGGUGUCAAUUGGAGUGAAGCUGGAAUGGUUGGCGAGCUGCUGGGGACCAAAAUAAUUCUGAAUGAGUUUGUGGCAUACCAAAAACUGGCUGAAUACAAGAAUAUUCGCAUAUCAGGUGCUGAGGAGUACAUUGGUAAUGAAAAGCAGUGGUUAUCGGAACGUGCUGAAGUCAUUACCACAUAUGCCCUUUGUGGAUUUGCCAAUGUCAGCUCCAUUGGAAUCAUGUUGGGAGGAUUGUCCACCAUGGCCAUGGAACGAAAAGGUGACCUUGCAAAUGUGGUGCUACGAGCUCUCUUGACUGGUGCCUGUGUCUCAUUUGUCAAUGCUGCUAUAGCCGGAAUAUUAUAUAGCCCUCGUCAACUGGAUUGCUUCGGUUUCAUGGUCACACCAGAAGCUUUUAAUGCCACAAGUUAUAAUCUCUAUUCCUGCUGCAAGAACCUGUAUACCAACACUGAAAUGGUCAAUGGGUCACUUUCAUUUGGAAACGGAUGGGAAUAUGAUUCUUCCUCUACCCUAUAUGUACAGAACUGUUGCAUGUACUAUAACAACACAAUAUGUCUUGGUUUGUAACCACAGCUGCCAUGUCUUUAAAUAGAACAAACAAUGGACUUUGUUUUGGGUAACUGGACACACCUCACAAAAUAUGUCUCCAGGAAUUAAUUAGAACUGCUCAUUCCUCUCAUCUGGCCUUCAUUACUUACAGACAACCAACAAAAUCAAGGGAAAUGUACAGUUAGACAUUGUAAAAUAAAUGACUGAUAAAAUAUUUUACAACCUGUAUAAUUGAAGAGAUACUUUAAUUUUUUUUGUUCAUAAACUACCUGUAAAAUUGUCUUUGCAAAUAUAAAUUAAAACAUAA